AUGUCUCCUCUAGUUACUGAUUAUAAUGAAAUGUCAGCUGAAGAUAAAGUUGUUUAUCUAGAAGGAAAGUUAGGAGUACUUGAGAGACGGAUGGAACAAAGACAGGUGAUGGAAAUAAAAGAGAAUAGACGUAGGGAAGAGAUAGCACUAUCUCAAGGAGUAAGAGAAGAAAGAUUGAAAAGAGAAGUCAGAAAACUACAAGCUGAAAUUGGGGCUUGGCAAGUACAAUUAGCAGCUGCUAAUGGUCAACUUAGUAGGAAAAGGUCUAAAAGUAGUUUAUGUAAUAGUUUGGGUAAUGUCUUAAGUAGUAAUGGUUUGAGUAAUAACGUAAGUAAUGGUUUGGGUGGUGUUAGUAGUAAUAGUAAUAGUAUUGAUAAUAGUAAUGUUAAUGGUUUAAGUAAUAACGUAAGUAAUGGUUUAAGUAUUGAUAAUAGUAAUAGUAAUAACGUAAGUAAUAUCUUAAGUAAUAACGUAAGUAAUAACGUAAGUAAUAGUAAUAACGUAAGUAAUAACGUAAGUAAUAACGUAAGUAAUAACGUAAGUAAUGGUAGUAAUGUAUGUACUACUGGUGAUAUUAAUAAUGGUAAAGUGAGUAAUGAUAAUGGUGAUAUUAAUAGUGAUGAUAAUGUGAGUGGUGGGGUUGAGNGAGGAGAUGAAGGAGCCGGUGCGGUUGAGUUUGAAGGACUUAUCGGUUAG